AUGACAAAUGAAUUCAAGAAGAAGCUAGGCGAAGGCGGUUUUGGAAGUGUUUUCAGUGGAAAGCUUCCCAGUACUAAUGGAGUCCCAGUUGCCGUAAAAGUCCUGAAGGAUUUGAAAGGGACUGGAGAAGAUUUUGUUAACGAAGUGGGAACCAUUGGCAGAAUUCACCAUGUUAAUGUGGUACGACUACUUGGUUUUUCAGCUGAAGGAGGGAAGCGUGCUCUUAUCUAUGAGCUCAUGCCUAAUGGAUCCCUAGAGAAUUUUAUGACAUCUAAAGAUCAGUCUUAUGAUAAUAACACUUCAUUUGAUUGGGAGAAACUUCGCAAUAUCAUCACAGAGAAGUUAUUUUGGCCGAAUGCGUUGGCCAUGAGGGUUCUUAUUGAAAGUAAGGAAACAACUGUUUAG